AUGUUGACAGCUAUGUCCUUUAUAGCCAGGCCUCAGGAAUCAGUGACCUUCAAGGAUGUGGCUGUGUACUUCACCCAGAAGGAAUGGGCCAGCCUGGUACCUGCUCAGAAGGCCUUGUACAGGGAUGUGAUGCUGGAGAACUAUGAGGCUGUGGCCUUCCUAGUGUCACCCGCUUCCAAACCAGCUCUGAUCUCUCAGCUGGAGCAAGGGGAAGAGCCAGGGUUCAGCCAGCCACAGGGAGCCCUAAGCAGGAGGGGCAGGAGAGCAGGCCUCACAGGUUCUAAAGUCAGGGUUGAAAAUGAGCUUUUGACCUCAAAUCAAGACAUUACUGAGAACAGCAAAUCCCAUGGCUUGGCUUCAGAGGAGUAUCUAAGAGACCUUUCCCAGAGACACAAUUUUCAAGUUACUUCUGAAUCAGAGAGCAAGAUAGAAAGGAAUUCAGGAAAUCUCAUGGAGGACACAUUGACGAAAAAUAAGACAGAUUCAGUGAAGGAGAGAGUAAACAGUGAGAAAAUUCAUAAAGAAAAUAAAUGUCAUCCACACAAGAAAUCAGAGAAAAAUGUUGAUGUCAGUUCUUACCAUGUAACACAUCUGCAAUUUCCAGGUGAAGAGGUUUCCUACAAGUGUGAUACUCGUGGCAAACAUUUCAGUCGCAAUUUAGACUUUUCUCAACACCGCAGAAUCCACACUGGAGAAAAGCCCUAUGAGUGUAAGGAUUGUGGCAAAGCCUUUACCUUGAACUCUACUUUUGUUCAGCACCAAAGGAUCCACACUGGAGAGCGACCCUACACGUGCAAAGAAUGUGGCAAGGCCUUUAGCUGCAGCUCCUACCUCACUGCACACCGCCGAGUCCACACUGGAGAGAAACCUUUCAAGUGCAAGGACUGCAGCAAGGCUUUUAGUCAGAAAAUUACCGUUAUUCGGCAUCAGAGGACACACACUGGAGAGAAACCCUAUACGUGUAAGGAAUGUGGUGAAGCUUUCAAACUGAACUCACAGCUCACUUACCAUCAAAUGUUGCACACUGGGGAAAGUCCCUACCAAUGUAAGGAGUGUGGGAAAGGUUUCACUUGGAACUCACAACUCCUCCGGCACCAGAAAAUUCACUCUAGAGAGAAAGCUUAUCAGUGUAAGGAGUGUGGGAAGGCCUUCAAGCAGAAAGCCAGGUUGAGUCAACAUCAACGGGUCCACCCUUGUUGGAAAGCCCGUGAAUGUAAAGACUGUGGGAAGAUCUUCAACAAGAUUUCAGGACUGAAGCGGCACCAGAGGCUACAUAUUAGAGAAAAGGAUUACCAUUCCACUUCCUACCUCUGA